GCAAAUAUUUGCACUGAGAAAUAUAAGGUAAAUAAUUUAAACUAAAUUGUGUAAAACAAUUUGCUACAUAUUCAGGUGGCAAGCCAGGUUUUCAGUCAUUUUAUCACAUAUAUAAAAGGAAAAAGUUCUGAAAAUAAACAAAGCUACCCGGUCUGCUUGAAUAUAUUAUCAGGCAAAAUGGCAACUACUGAUGUUUUGGGUCUAAAUAAAACUGAGAUAUUUGCAAAAAUCCGGGAUGGCUUGCCCAUUGUGCAAGAAUCACAGAAUCUCCUGGACUGCAAGGACGAUCUUCUUUUCGCGUGGAACUCCAAUGACUGCUCAUUGCUGGUGAAAAAUUGGCGCGCAUCUUUGAUGGAAGCAGACACAGUACCUGAAUCAACUGCAACAAAGCAGAAGAAAAUUACUUACCAGACGUUGAUACCUUCUAGUACGCUUAGUCUGGACGUGGAUCGUGUAGUGGCUUCCAAUGAGUGCUCACUGGUGGCUUUGAGUGCGCCACGUGGUGUUUGUAUCCUGGACUUGCCUCGUCGCUGGGGACCAGAAGGUUACUUUGAUGGUGGAAAGGCGAUUAUCACCUGUCGCACAUAUAAUCUGGACGGUCAGCUGUUUCAGAGUAAUCCUCACUUGGAGGUGCGUCAGAUUCGCUGGCAUCCUAACUCCGUCUCCGACUCCAUGCUGCUGAUUCUGUUUAACAACAACACCAUCCGGCUCUACAAUCAUUACAAGCUGAUGCAUGUGUGGCAAGUUGGUCCCACCAUCGUGAGAUCCGGGCUGAGAACCUCCGCCUUGGAUUUUGGUGAGGCAGCAGUUGACUUUGAUAUAGCACCGCCUGUGAAAUCCAAAAGAGAUUUGACAGAAGAACUAGAAGAAAGUGUAAAUUUAACAGAUAAUUCUCUUAAGCAGGACAAGAUUGAGUGGCCUCUUGUACUUUUGCGGGAAAAUGGAAACAUUUAUAUACUCAUGACUGAAAUGAGUUCGGACAGAACCCGCCUCCAGGGACCCAUUACGAUAACCCCUCAGAAAAGGGACAACUAUGGACUGGAGUCGUCGUCAAUUAUGGUCAUCCCCUCUUUGCCACCCACUUUGGUUAUUGGCGAGUCGAGUGGCAAACUGCAUCAUGCUCUUUUGCUAGAAGCAGCCACUCCCGAGCAUUCGCUCAAUGAAGUUGAUGAUUUUAUCGUCAUUGAGCCCUCCGAAUAUGUGAUCCAUGUGAGAGAGACUGUGGAAUUAGAGUUGGGAAUAAAAUCCGGUACUUCGAAAUCGAAUUACAAGUCCCCUGUCUACUUAAAACGAGAUGUUAUCAAUGAACUGCGGUACUUUGCAUAUCACAAUGCUGGUCUUCAUGUUGUCACCGUGAACUUCAUAUCCGAAUUGCAGCGUUAUCUGGAGAGUGAGGCAGAGGAGGACCAGCUGAAUUUUACAACGCCCUCACGAGCUGAGUACAUACUGUGCACUAAAUUUGAUUCUAGCGACCACAUCAAUGCAGUUUUUGGUAUUGCUCUACUCCAAACUCCGGCUGGAGUUGUUGUUUUGCUGGGGAGUGGACAGGUAAUUAGCCUCAAGCUGGUCGUCGAUGCCCAACUGUUAGUUUCACCAAGUGAGCAAACUCUAACGACAUCUUCUGUCGAGCAAGGAGAGGCUGGACAAACAUUUCAGGACAAGAUUAAAAGUAUUUUGCAGCGUAGCGUCAAUCAGCCCAUAUUAGCUGAUAAGCCCUCCUCCAACGCCAACGAGGGUUACGAGUUGCUUAGCCAAGCCAUUGUCGUGCUGCGUUCACAGUACCUCAAACGUCAUGAACUGGUGCUUGUCGAGUUUGCUAAGCACAUUAAUCAAAUUCGCAUAAAAAGAGAUCAACAAUUGCAAGAGAUUCAGGACCUAGAGGACGAGCGGGAGGUGAUUAGUGAGCGUGCUCACAAACUUGCUGAACGUUUUGAGGAAAUAAGCGAUAAUCAGGAUUGGCUUGUCCGCAAAUGCCAUAGACUCCUACAAAAUGCCAAUACUGCUCUGCCAAACAGCGUUGUGGCUGAACGUGAAUUCGCUCAACAGGUGGCAAACAUUAAUAAGGCUAACAAAAAAAUUGCUGCUGCCUUGGAAGAUGCCAAGAAGACCAUGAACAAACAGCGUUAUUUCAUAGCCAAAAACCAAGACGAGGUCCGUCAAAAUGCAUUCGAGUUGCCGGAGAAACAAAAUCGGACCAUAACCGAGAUUCUAAUGCAAUUGGCCAGUGAAAUAGAUCGACAGGUCACUGAUGUGAAGCGUAUAAAUAAGAUUAUUGGUAUUUAAAUAAAUGGCUCUUGCUCAUCUUAAUUAGAA